AAGCGCGCGCCUCCUACCGUUACGUCACGUCACGCGACGCUGCCGAGAAGCCGAGCGAGAAAAGGAAAACAAAACAAAAACAUCAACAACAACUCAACUAUUACAUUUUAAAAGGAAGCACCUGCAGCCCGCGGACAUGUCCGGCGCUUUGCUAACCCUCCUCAUGGAUGACAUGGAGUCGAAAAGGCCAUGAAUUCCUGUGAGGAUGGAGGAAAUUCAAAUGAAGCAAUGCUUGAGAAAGAGCAUCAGCACAUUCAGGAUGUUAAAAAGGAGAAAGAAGAUUUUGCUGUUUGUGAACGAACUCAACCACAUGAAGGAGGGUCUCCUGAAGUGUCAGAGGCCAAUAAAAGGUCGUCCGCUGAGACACAUCAGUCCACCAGUAAAAAGAGAGCCAGAGUCUGCUCUGAGGUGAGGAAGUGUCUGACAGAUGAGAGCCACAGGCAUGAGCCUCUUUGCCUCACCAUGGCUGGAGAAAAGGCCCACUGUAUCCAGGAGAGAUCAAGGCUUUCCUACAGAAAGCCUCUUUUCAGCAUCUCUCACAGGAUUUCAGACAAGAGAAACCCACCAAGUCUGGAUCAGCAGGCUAACCACGGCGGCUUGAGUCAGCUCAGCUUCAGCAGCAUCCUUUCACAGAAGCUCCAAAGUCCAGAAAUAAACGGCCCAGGUGACAUCCUCACCGCCACAGAGUCCUUGGGUCAGACGUCAGCAACAGAGUCAAACCUUUACCCACUGAUUGAGAAAAUGUUUUUCAUCCUCAAUACCCUGAACUCCAGCAUGACUCAGCUGCACAGUAAAGUGGACUUGCUAACGCUGGAAGUCAUGCGUAUAAAGAAGCAGAUCAAGCCUGCUGAGAGGAUGGCAGACUUCCAGCCUCCUCCUGAAUAUCUCCUAACGAAUGAUGAACUCAAUCAGCUGAUGGAGCACACCUCCAGCGCCGGAGAGCUCAGCUGCCAGCUGCUUGUCCACCUUUUCCCAGAACUGUUCAAAGCCAAGGAGUGCCCCCAUGACUGCAUGGCAAGCAAGAGAACGCUGGAAUCUCUGCACCUGCAGCUGAUCCGGAACUACGUGGAGGUUUGUUAUCCCUCGGUGAAAAACAACAGUGUCUGGCAGGAGGAGUGCCUCCUUCAGAUCAAUGACUUUUUUAAUCGCUUCUGGGCACAGAGGGACAUGGAAAGCGCUCGGCUCAUCAAGAAGCAGGCGGUCACUGGUGAUGAGAUGAAAGUGGAGUUUCCUCAGACAUAUCGCUUCAUUAAUGAACAGGGUCAGGAGGAGGAUGUAUCCCUGGAUAAUCAGCAAGGUAGCCUGCCAGUGUCCGAUGAUGGGUUAAAUACUCAAGCUGCAGAAGAGCAGGACGACUUCUCCUCGCCGGAAGAUUUUGUGAUUUUCCUCAUGCAUCGUCUCUUCCCAGAGCUUUUUGAAGAGGGAAAAAUUCCCGAAGUCUCCAGCAGUUACAGUAAUGUGGGCCAGCUCAUUCUGGACUCCGACAAGAUGGAGAUCCUGAGGAAGUACAUGGAAGCAAAUUUUCCUGACAUCCCUGAGGACAGCUGGCUUCAGUUGUGCAUCCAGCAUAUGGAGGACACACUGGAAGGGCCACACAGCAAUGGGAAUGGGAGUGAAUCUGACAACAUCAACUACGAUGGCUAUGACCUGGCCGGCUUUCAGGAAGACCUUCCUGUCAUCGGGGCUCCAGAAGCCGGUGAAUUUGAUAGACCUUAUCGCAAGUCCAAGAAGUCGCUGCUCGCAACCGUGGAUUUUGAAAAUCUGAAGAUUCCUCCACCUGACUUCAGCAUUCCCCAGGAGUACAUCUUAUCUAGAGAGCAGCUGAAAAGCAACUAUGAAUGUAGCUUGUCCAUUGGCAACUUUGCCUCACGCCUGCUGGUGCUCAUGUUUCCCGAGCUCUUCACCCAUGAGAAUACUAGAAAGCAGUACAACUGCAGUGGUUCUCUUGGGAAAAAGCAGCUCGAUCCUGUGCGUGUGAAUCUGAUCCGACAUUAUGUGCAGCUGGUCUACCCUCGAGCCAGGAACGACAGAGUGUGGAUGCUUGAAUUUGUGGGCAAAUUGGAUGAGAGGUGCAGGAGGCGGGACACGGAGCAGAGAAGAUCUUACCUGCAACAGCGCAAAGUUGGUGGCCAAGAGCUAGAGCAGGAAUUUCUCUGCCACAUCAACCACAUCACUCCAGACACUAGAGAGGAUUCAGACAUUCCCUCUUUACCUCCCGAGAAAAGCAGCAAAGACUUCUGUAAGAUCCCCCUCGACAAACUGACCAUUUCCCAACCGGACUUCCCCGUACCUUCCGCCUACCUAUUAUCGGACUCUGAGGUGCGGGAGGUCGUCCAGCAGAGCCUUUCUGUUGGGAACUUUGCCGCACGGUUGCUGGUGCGGCUCUUCCCGGAGCUGUUCACUCCGGAGAACCUACGACUCCAGUACAACCACUCGGGCGCCUGCAACAAGAAGCAGCUGGACCCGGUCCGGUUGAGGUUGAUCCGUCAUUACGUGGAAGCGGUGUACCCCGUGGAGAAGAUGGAGGAGGUGUGGCACUAUGAAUGUGUGCCAAGCAUUGACGAACGCUGCCGGCGGCCGAACCGCAAGAAGUGUGACAUUCUUAAAAAGGCCAAGAGGUCAAACACUGUGUCAUAGUUACAGUACUUUACAGUUAGUCAACACGCAUAUAAGCUGAAACAACAUUCUUAAGCUCAUGUUUUAUCUUUUGCCUCCAGCAGCAGAUGUUUCAGACUUUAUUUUCUAAUGUAUUAAAAAUGUUAAACUGUUCUUGUUUAUACGUCAGAGCUGUCAUAGCUUGUCUAACACAUUUCUUUCAUAAAUCUAGCCUUAAAACCACAUUAUAACCACAAUAGUAGCUACAAUUAAGAGUCACAAUUUCUCUAUUAGCAGUAAUUACUGAUGUAGCAUCGUGCCACCAGAGUUUUAAUAAUAAAGUACUUACAGAUGGGCCUAUGAGUAUUUGCACAAGAACAUUUUUAAGAAUUUCUUUCUGUACAUCACAAAAAUGGGUUUAAAAUUAAGUAACUGGGUGAGAUUCAAGGGAUUUACAAAUGAAUAACAUAAAAUUGAAUUGUGCUAAUUCAUAAACCAGAUUGUUCAUUA